AUGUCCUACACCAGAGGAGACGGCUGGUCUCAGCCCCGAGACUUCAACAGCAUCGUGCAGACAUGCAGCUCCAACAUCCAGAAGAUCAGCCAGAACUCCAGUCACAUCCGGAGCCUCCUGCAGCAGCUGGGAAUCAGACCGGAGACCUCGGAGCUGCAGGACAAGCUUCAGCAGCUGCAGCACUACACCAACCAGCUGGCCAAGGAAACCAACAGGAACCUGAAGGAGCUGAACGCCGUGCACCCUCCGCCUGCCCCGUCAGAGCAGAGGCAGCAGAAGCUCCAGAAGGAGCGUCUGAUGAGCGACUUUUCUGCAGCGCUCAACAACUUCCAGGAGCUGCAGCGCCGAGCCGCAGAGAGCCAGAAGGAGUGUGUGGCUCGAGCCAGGGCCGCAUCCCGAGGCCUGGCUGACGGGGGAAACGUGACGGAGCAGCUGGUCACUUUUGAGAAGGAGGAUGAGUGGAGCCAGGUCCAGACUGAGGAGAUCCCCUUCAGCCAGGAGGACCUGGACAGCAUCCGGGACCGGGAGACCAGCAUCAGACAGCUGGAGGCCGACAUCAUGGACGUGAACCAGAUCUUCAAGGACCUGGCUGUGAUGAUCCACGACCAGGGAGAGACCAUCGACAGCAUCGAGGCCAACGUGGAGACUGCAGAGAUCCAUGUGGACCGAGGAGCCGUGCAGCUGCAGAAGGCGGCGUACUACCAGAGGAAGUCCCGGAAGAGGCUGUGUCUGCUGGCCAUGGUGGCGUCGCUGGUGCUCUUCAUCCUCAUCAUCAUCAUCUGGCAGGCCAUCAAAUGAGAGCCGACGCUGCGGAC